GUGGCUCUCGGCUCCAAUUGAUCAAAACAAACUAAGCUAAGACUAGCCGGCUUGAGCAUAACUUCUUCCAGCCUGUAGAUCUGUGACAUAGAACCACACGUCUUAUGGUGAUGACAAGGUACGUAUUCUUUUCCUUUUGGAGGAAAAGCUAGCUAGGUACAUAUACUUGCCUUGAGCAUGCGAAGAAGAACAAGUACUUGCCACGUACAUUGAUGCAUAAGAAUUAGUACAUCACCAGUUGGCCUGUAGCCCGAGUAAAACCGAUUUGAACUAGACACGAAGCCACCGGCCGGCACCGUUGUGGUGCAACCCGUGCAUCUUCGAUACAGAGGUGAGGAGAGGGAGGAGCUAGCCAUGGCGGAGCUCGCGUCGGGCGCCGUGAGCUCGCUGCUGGGCGUCAUCCGCAAUGAGGCGCUGCUGCUGGGCCGCGUCCGGCACGAUGUGCAGUUCAUCCAAGAGGAGAUGGAGAGCAUGAAGAGCUUCCUGGCGCACCUGGCAAAGAAGGCGCCCGCCGGCCGCGAGCACGAGGAGCAGAUCCGGACGUGGAUGAACCAGGUCCGGCUGCUCGCCCAAGACAGCAACAACUGCAUUGAUCUGUACCUGUACCGUGGCAACCCCGAGAUCCACCUCGCCAGGGGUGGCUUCCGGCGCUACGUCUCGUGGCUUCCCUGGUUCCUGCACAAGAUGGUCGCGCAGCAUCGCGCGGCCGUCCAGCUGCGUGCUCUCAGGGAACGGGCGCGUGACAUUGGUGAGCGCCGAUUGAGGUAUGGCGUCGAGGUACCGGCGAAGGGAGCGGCAGCUGGACAGUCCCAGUCUGCUGUUGCAGGGACUGCACUCACUCCGGCGGCAGAAGUUUCGCCAUCGGUCCAUGCAGCCGCAACAUCUGCUCUUUCUGGAGAUGAAGAAGAAGACAGUGAUGUCGACCCAUUAGUGGUGGCAAUGGCGCCGACCGGUCAUUCGGUCCUAAGGGAGACAUUUUUCGAGCCCUGUACGCCUGAGGACCACAUGAGGGCGAAGCUAAUUGAAUGGAUAAAGGAUGUUGUGGAACACAACACUGGCGUGGGGAAGAAAUCAAUACCAUCUGUUGCCAUUGUGGCACCGCAUAGGAAUGAAACUGGAGCUAUUGCAAAUGAAGCUACAUCUAUGUGGAAGAAACAUGGCAUGCGCAGGCGCAGUGUCUUGGUAGAUAUCCCAGCAGUACACUUCUAUCAUCAGUUGCUACAAAGGCAAGACAUUCUCUUCUACAUCUUACGGGAGCUUCAAGCGCAGCAAGUUGCAGACAGAGAAGGGAAGGUGCUCCCGCAGGAUGUAGUACAACAUUUCUCCCACCCCCUCCUCGGGCCCGGACUCCGCCCUUCCAACCAGCAACAUAUCAUUCGCCCGUUCUUGCAGGCUGUCUUGCAUCAUUCUAGGAAAAGAACAAUUUUGAUGAAAAAAUCUAUGUUGGUUGGUGAAAUCACCAAAAAUAUCGAAGCAAUGGGAGUUAACCAAAAGAUUUCAGAAAUCAUGAAAACAGUCAAAACAAUGAAGGGCGGCCAGGUGCAUCCCAACCUAGAACUGAUGACUGACGAUCAGCUGGACCUGCUGGAAUCCGCUAGAGAUCAACCAUUAGGAGUGCUCCUCCGAGCGCUCUGGCUGCUCGAGCACAAGCAAGUUGAAGGUGAAGGUGCAUCUGCUACCAAGCAACGCCAAGAAAGGAAGGAAGCAACACAUUCGCAUGAUGAUGUCAUUAUGGAGACAACCAAGAAACUUAGAGAGUAUAUGGAAGGACGUGCAUGGUCGAAGGUCAAUGUUAAAGAUGUUUUGGAAACAAAAGCAAAUGCAAUGACGAAGCCUCAAGGGCAUAUGGGAAAAGAUGCAAAUGAAAAACUAAAGCCUGAAGAAGAAGCACCCGUAAAGAUGAUUCGUCUGAAGGAAGAGCAAUAUGAACACAUCCUACGUGAGGUGUUUCCGUUGAGAAUCAAGAAGCCCCAGGAAGACUCCAAGCAAGCCACCUCUGGUACAGUUAUAUUAGUCGACGACCAAAUCAAAGAAUUGAUCAGCAAAGUCCUACAGGAGCUGCAGGAUAAUAGAUCCGUGAAACAUGGAGGUAUAGCUGAGCCGCAGGAAGACAAAUCCGUGAAGAAACUACAUACUGCUACUUGUAAACCAAGUCAUGAUUGUAUCCGAGAUGCUCUAAUUGAAGAAACCAUGAACAAGAUUGAAGAAAUCCAGCGGAAGAUGAAAGAGCAGCUCCAGAUCAAAGGGAUCAUGGACAGAAUUAUUGAUUGUUUGGAGACACAAGGUGAUGAGAUGAUACUGGUUAUCCUCAAACUUGAUGAUGACUACGUAACAGGAUGGGAGGAGACCAAACAUGCUUUCCGCAUGCUAGGUGGCAUAGCUGGCGCACUCAUAUUGAAGACCACCGUAAAUUGUACACAAGCCAGAGAAUAUUGUUGUCCGCCGCGGGAGCCCAUAGACUGUUCUCUUGUUGGCCUCUACCGAGAUAUUGCACUCGAGCUUAGAAAAAACCAGAUGAAUGGAGAUAGCACCCAGAUUAUUCUUGACAUUUUGGACAAGUGUAAGCAAGAUGAAUUCUGCAUGAAGGUCUUUGUUCAUGCUUUGUACGCCAACCCCAAGAGGAGCAAUGAAGAACUAAGAAAGCUGCGCAGAACAAUGCAUGAGGUAUCGGAGAACUCAUUGGACAUCAUCGAUAAGAAGAUGUUCAAGUUCUCUUAUAGUGAUCUGCCCAAGGAAUACAAGUCCUGCUUGCUGUAUCUAGCUAUCUUCCCACCAGGGCGGAGCAUUAGGCGGUCAACCUUGAUAGGACGGUGGGUUGUAGAAGGGCUAAUAACCAAGGAAGACUGGGCCAGUUCUAUCCGUCGUGCCAAUCAAUGUUUUGAUGCGCUUGUCCAUCGGUGGUUUGUUUGUCCUGUUGAUAUUGGUGCUACAACACAGGUAAAGAGUUGUGCGGUAGAUGAUCGAGUUCAUGGAUUCAUUACCAAGAUCGCCAGAAAACAGCAUAUUGUAGAAACCCGUCUGUCACAUCACUUGGCUCGCCACUUCUCCAUUUUCAAUGAUCUCCAACUCCUUGGCUCUGAUAGAAUUUAUAAAUUCUUCGAAAAGCUCCAUGAAGAGUCUCGAGUAUCCCUGAUCAAGGUACUAGAUCUGGAAGGUUGUCAAUGCUUUGGUGGGAAGAAUCAACACUACCUCAAGGACAUCUGCAGCAAGAUGUUACUACUCAAGUAUCUAAGCCUAAGGGGGACAAAUGUUACCAAGCUGCCAAGUGAAAUCAACAACCUCCGUGAGUUGGAAGUAUUGGAUAUCCGACAGACAAGGGUGCCUGCAGCUGCAACAGUACAUGUCAUACUCUUGAAGUUGAAGCGUUUGCUGGCUGGCUCAGUUGUUAUGAGUUCAGGGGCAAGCAAUAAUGAAGUAUCUUAUGUUAUGGUGCCUGACAAGAUCGAAAAGAUGACAAAUAUGGAGGUAAUGUCCAAUGUCAAAGCACGAAAUAGUAAUGAUUUGAAGGAUAUUGGCAAGCUAUGGCGGUUGAGGAAGCUUGGUGUGGUUAUUGAGCAGAAGGACAAACUCAUCAGGAAUUUGCUUCAAACUAUCUGUGACCUGCAUGAGUGCCUCCGCUCUCUGUCAAUCACUCUUCCUAUAACCGCAGAAGACUCUUCUGACGAUAACUCUCCCAAGCUUCUUUCCUUUGAGGGACAGUGUCCCAAGUUUCUGGAGAGCCUAAGCAUUCGCGGAACCGCAGAAACGGGUCAACUUUUUCAGUUGUUGACCAAAGAUGGUGACCAACUUCAACUUGCCAAGGUAACUCUAUCUGGUACUCGACUAAGGCAGGCUGAUCUGGAGAUCCUCGCCAAGCUGCCCAAAUUAGUCUGUCUCAGGCUCCAAGACAGGGCAUACAUCGAUGACAAGCUCAGUUUCAACAAGGAGAAAUUUAAGGGUCUCAAGUGCUUUCUUAUUGAGAGUUCCGAGAUAACUGUCCUUAGCUUUAAUGGUGGAGCUCCUAAACUCGAGAAGAUCAUUCUGUCGUCCACUGAUGGCCUACAGUCUCUUUCUAGAGUCGAAGACCUUCAUGAACUGAAGGAAGUCGAGUUGAAGAACAGCAAUAAGCUAUCAUUAUCAUUAUUUGAAAAGGCGAAAAACAUCUCCAAGGUGACUCUCUGUCGUACCAUUCUUUGUCAAGAUGAGGUGGAGAUUCUUGCCAAGAUGCCUAACAUGCGCAGCCUAGUACUCAAGGAGAUAUCUUAUGCACAGAGCCUGCUCAUCUUCUACAAAGACGACUUCCCAAGGCUCAACCUUCUAACCAUCGACUUUUCUGUCAUCACCUGUAUUGGCUUUACUACCCAAUCUGCUACUAAGCUUGAGAAAAUCAUAUGGUCCUACAGAAAGGGUACACUACUCUCCGGCAUUGACGAGCUUCCAAAACUGAAGGAGCUCGAGUUCAAUGGUGAUUUUGUCCCCGAUGAGGUGAUAGAUGCAUUGAAGAAACACAAGAACAAUCCCAAGCUUAUACACAACAAACCAGGCAACCAGGAAGCUGGAAACAUACCAGAAAAGAAAGAUGCUCCAAGAUUCCCAUUAUUCUGGAAGAAAGAGGACUGACGCUGCAGGUGCCCUUCCUAUCAUCCGUUCAUCAUCAUCGGCUCCCAUCCCAUGGUGUGGUUUGUACGUGCUCUUUGGUUUGCCAUUGUGUGUUACUGUCCGCCAUGCAUGUGUGGGAAGAUAUAUUAUGUAUAUAUAUGUAUGUGGAUUAAGUGAGUGUGUGCCCCUGCUACUUAUUCUACAUGUGUGUCCUGUAACUAAGAUCGAGCACAGGUAAUGGUGUGUACAUGUGUCCCCUGUAACUAAGAUUGGGCAUAUAUAAUGGUGUGUAACUGUGUAUAUGUGUGCCCUCAAACUAAGAUUGAGCAAAUGUAAUGGUGUGUUGUUUGUGCUCA